CGGUGUUUCCCGACACGAGUCGAGUGGCUCCGAGAGGGAGCAGAGCCCGACAUAUUCUGAACAUCUUCCAAAUGUUGAGCCCGAGUCGUGAAGUGCUGCUCUUGAGGGGGGCGAGGUUGCAAGGGAGGGAGACGACGAGGGAGAAAUCAGGCGACGUCCGCACAGAUUUUCACCUCUGAAAGCAUCCCGACAGUCAGCUCCGUGAAUGCACCGCAGCUCCAGCCGGCCACUCAAAGCGACCCCACAUUGCUUCAGUAAGGUUGAGGUCCAGGCUCUGGGGAGGCCAAUCCAUGACUGAUAUCUACCCAGACGCUAAAGAAUCGACUAUCAUGGGGACAUUCAGAGUGAUCGUGCUUAGCCUUCUGGUCACCACGGCUCUUUCCACCCCCUCAAAAGCUGAUGAGGAAUCUUACACCUUAUUCCACGGAGAGGAUUUCCACAUCCUACUACGCUCCAAAAAUGUGGAGGUCACGUUUCAUAACAAGUCUGCUCCUCGGUCAAAGGAUGUGCACCUGAUGAGGGAAGGCAAAGUGGUCCACAGUCGCCCUAAACUCGACCGCAGCAACACCCACCUCCUUAUAGAGGCUGUGGGUGAGGGAGAUGAGGGCGUGUACACCGUGAAGAAUCUAGAGAAGCCAGACGAUGUCAAACGCAUGUCGCUUACAGUCCGAGAUUGCACCGUUGAGCAGAUGGUCAAAUAUGGAGACAAAUUCAGUAUUCAUUUGUCGGGGGUGAAUCGUCCCAUCACCCUUGAAUACAGAUCCAGAGCUACAGAGGCCCGGGAGACAUCUAAACCAGGUUUGGUGGUGCUGACUGCUGCAGGGACAUCACUGGAGCGCUAUCAGGGCCGUGUCAGCCUCAGUGAAUCUUAUGUCACCCUCAGCGGUGUUACAGAUGCAGACGAGGGUAGCUACACUGUCAGAGAUAACAAAGGUGGUAUUGAACGGAAAGUCUGUCUCAAUGUCAAAGAGCACAAAGAGUUUGUGAAACUGCAACGCGGUAACAAACUGAAGAUCAACCUGAUACUCAACAGCUCCUUGGUGUACCUCUACUACAGCCCCAAGAGUGACUCCACACUGCGCCUGCUGCUGGACAAAGGAGAAUUUACACCUGCCCAAACAGAGCUGGGUUUGGAGAACCGUCUGUCUCUGGAGGGCUCACUGGUCAUUUUGGAUGACGUCAAUGAUAAAGAUGAAGGCCUGUUCACGAUUAAGGACCUACAGAAUUUCACUGUGUCUACUGUCCACUUGGAAAUGAAACCCUAUAAGCUGGAGACACUGUAUGUGGCCAUCAUAGCCCUGUUGGGCCUGCUAGCUUUCCUUCUGCUGGUCUGCCUGCUGUCCUGUCUGAUCAAAGUGAAGAAAAGGGCCAAGAGGGCUGCUGCCCUGGAGAAGAUUGCCCAGAACGCUGGAAAAGAGGAGGAAGGAGAGGCCUUCAGACAGGUGGUCAAGAAUAUCACCAAAAUGAGCGAGGAAUCCAAGCAUUCCCAGGCUGACAACACGGAGAAGUCACAGAGCACUGAGGUGGAUAUUAAAGGUCUCGAGGUUUCCUCUAAAGAAGUCGGAGUUGGUAAUCUAGAGACCAGUGACUCCGGCGUUGGCUUUAACACUGCGCUCCCCCUGGACACUGACACUGAGGCCCCUGAUCAAAUCCCUGACUCUGAGGCUGUAAGCAUCUCUAUUGCUCCUGAAACCAAACCAAGUCCUCCGCCUGCUGCCGAAUCCAAGCCAAGUGCUCCACCAGCUGUCGAAAUUAAGCCCAGUCCUGUACCUGAAACUAAAGUGACCCCAGCUCCUGAGACCAAGAAAACUCCUGAUAAACCUGUGGAGGAAAAGUUGGAUGUGCCCAAAGGAGCAGAUGUUAAACCUAGUCCAGCCCUGAGCCCAGAACCCCAGGCUGAUAAAAAAGCCACCACUCCAACCCCUGAGAGUAAGAGUGCCCUAACUCCCACCCCUGAGCACCCCAAGCCAACCACACCAGAACCUAUUACCAACGGCACGCCCGAGCCUGGACCGGAUUCCAAACUGAGCCCGGAUCACGCUGAUAUUAUCAAAGGCUCAGCUCCAAAAGCAGUCACUCCUAAAACCCCUGAAGUGGAGCUGAAAGCUAGUGGUGCCAUAUUGGAGGCGGGCAAAGAUGGCACCGUAGCUGAGGAUUCAACUACUACCACCUGAGAAGUACCCCUUCAAAAACACAGGAAGCCCCACAGAUCUUCUCCACCGCUCACCACUACUGUAGACAAUCGAACACCCCUUACCAAAUGAUGAGGAAACCACUGCAGCUGGGGCGAGGACCUCGAUUUAACAUGUCUAAUGCCUGAACACAGUAUUACCUUGAUAAUCUCACUUAUCUAUAACUAACACUUAAACCUUUGAGACUUUGUGGCUCAGAAACACUUCACAUAACAAACGUGGCUUUUGAUUGUUAAACAUUUUAGUUGUACACGCCUCGCAGCCUUGUUUUUCUGUUCAUUUUUAAAGUUAAACUGCCAAACUGCAAUUUCAAUCCUUUGCAGAGUUUACAACUAAAAUGUUUACUCCACAUGAGGUCUUUUUCUAAAGUAUCCUAAAAGGUUUGCGACAUUUCAUUGAAACAGCUCACUACAACAGCUUAUUUGACCCUAACUAACCAUCAUUUCUCAUUUUGACGCUUGUUCCUCUAACAGCACGUGAACAGCACAUGGAUGAUAAAAUCUUUCAGCUGGUGUCAUCUUAAGCCUCCUAAAAUAUGUGAUGGCACUGAUAUCAUCAAAAUGAACUAAAAACCCCCUCAGAUCACACUGCUGGUGAAGUUUUAUACAUAGCUCAGUUGUGGAUUUCAUUCACUUGUGCCAGUCUUCUAGAAAAAUCCGCAGUGCAUUAUCACAUUAACCACACACGCACGCAUACUUAUACUAAAAAUACUAACCACAUUAUUUCUAGUCUUUGAGAUUGAGAUUCACACUCCCAGUGGAAAUUUCAGACGAUUAAAUUGUGUUUUGCGGGCUGAUCCCUCAAGUCCGGAUCAUCCACUUUAUUGUCUUUGAUCUGGAUUUCCCCGUAGCUCCAUAAAAAUCCCAGCACUCUUACAAUUUAAUGGGAAACUCACGCCAGCUAAAACUUCCAGCAGCUUAAAGGGACCACCCUGUGCCUGCAGUAUGAAAUAUAAAAUCAAAGUGCGUGGUAAGUUCACAUAGUUAGAGCAUAAUUCUCUUUGUUUCUUCAUUCUUUCCUCUGCUGUUAUCACCACCUUGGUUUUUUCUUUGCCUUUGUUCUCUCGUCUUUUUUUGUUACUACGACCACCAAGGAGGCUGUAUGACUGAUUUGGCUGAUUGAUUAAUUUACAAAAGGUAUUAGCGGACUCAUGUGACAAUUUUAAAAGAGCUGGGCUUGGUCCGUCUUAGAAAUGAUCAGUUAUUGAAUGUCAUCCAAAUCUGGAUCCAGGGACUUUUGAAAAAAAAUUCCUUAGCAUUUUUUGUAUUUCACCCAAUAUCAUCACAAAUAAAAACUGCGAGACUAAUUCGGAGAUAAUCAUGUAAUAUGUAGAGGGGAUUUUAGCCUCAGUGGAGGUCUUUCACUUCUCCUUCCUUUCUUUAUCCUCACACCCCUUUCUUCCUCUCCCUCAUUCUGCUUUCAUUUGCUUGCUUUCAUUUUUGACUGCUUACAUAAAUGCUGUAAAUCUUGGCAGAAACAAAAUAUUUAUGCCUCACUGGCUUCAAAAACCAGCAGUAUGAAGCCUUCAUCAAUUACACUGUCUGUGUAGAGCUGACCUGGUUUUCAGGAUGUCCAGUCAAUGCAAUUUCAGAUGAAACUCUUUUGGUACUUAUGGUAAAGAGGAGGUGUGAAGGGUCAUUUUAAUGUGCACGUCUCUACUUCAUGUUUUAACUGACCGGUGGCAAAGCAGUGACUGUCACUGUUUGAUGUACUGAAACCAUCAAAAAGCAUGUUGGAUCAAAUUCAGUCAUCAAAGUUCAAUCAAAUGGUCAGAGGAAUGUAGGGAAACUAAAAGCAGGUCCAUAUACAGUCAGCUGGCCUUUCUUUAUAGCUUUCCUUACUAAAAGAGUUUUCUUAUGAGUAAAUGAAUAUGAGGUGUUUUGUCAGCAUCUGAAAAAGCCAUAAAAUGAGCUCGAUUUAGAUGUCAGAUUUGAUACCAAGAGCAACAGAAUAAAUAAACUAAAAUUACAAAAAAUACAAAAUGCAAAAAUACAAAAAUAAACUCACGGUGCCUCAGCAUUAGAUGGGUUAACAGCGUCAAUAAGUCAGAUGUAUUACACAUGGACAAAGGUCUUUUAAUGUAACGUGUACAAAGACGUAUACGCCUGCUCUCCAGCCUGGAUCUGUGUGGUGGAACCACAACGCUAUUUGGCAGUACUAACAAAGCUCUUCAUAUAAAUACACACAGAUACAGACACACACAUGUAAAACACAAACAUGGACUCCAGCCUUGUAAAUACUGCAUGUGUAUGCAAGUGUAACCCCUCCCCACCAUGAGGCUGAAUGUUUUUAAUGUGUCAUACUUAAUAUUAAAAAAAGAAAAUCAUUUAAAUUUCUCUACAAACUUAAAUCUAAUAUAUAAAAUAUAUAUAUAAAUAUACACACACAUACUAUAUAUACUAAUAUUCACUAAUGUAUUGAACUAAAUCAACUACCAAAUAUUGUAAAUUCCCAUUGAGACUGUAUUAGCCCAUUUUAGAUCAAUUAUUAUCCGCUGCUGUCAGCACACCGUAUCUCUCACACUAUUUACGUAUUAAUGAUGUUUAACCAGUGUCAUUUACAGCAUUGACUGCAGCAUGCCCACGACACGUUCCGCUUCUAUCGUCCAGACGUUGUGUCAGUGUGCGCGAAUACAGGAGUGGUGUUUUUAAUGUCGCCAUCGUUGUGUGCGUUUUAAAGUCCGUAUGCCUAUGAUGCACGUAUCUAUAAGUGCGCGUGUGAUUUAUGAGCGAGUGUGUGCUGAAUCUAUGCACAAGGAGUUUGUACAGAAAGGAAACUCUUAUGUGUGCUUCUCCAUUUGUUGUGAGUAAAGUAUCCAUGUGCCUGCUUCAGUCGUCUUGCAGUGUGAAGAGAAAAAAACAAAAAGUGCAGUGUUUAAAUCAUGAGUGUGAAUGUGAUGGAAGCCACAAGAAUAUUGUAAAAACGUAUUGUAACUUUGAGAUAUUCAAGUGACUCUUUGUCUUUGUUUUAGUGCCUAAAAUGUAUAUUCGAUAGUUGGCCUGUGCUCUGUCGUUAGCCACAUCCUAAUGGCACCUUUUUAGUGAGGAGGAUGUUCACUGAUCCAGAAUAUGCAGUUUGCACACCUGAAUGAACAAAGCAAAAAUUACCGGCUAACCUAAGAUGUGUUAAUGUGGAAGAAAUGUGUGUGAUCAAAGUGAUUAGAGCCUGACCGAUAUAUCACCAGAAAGAUUUUUCUUCAAUAUUACUCAAAAUCUGUGACUGAGUCAUAAAAUCAGCAGGAAAGUGUUUACAGAGGUCAACCCAGAAAGCUGUUUUCCUAUAGACUUCUAUAGGACCUGAUGCCUUUUUGCAACCACAGCAUCUGGUAGCCUUGUGGUAGAUUGCAGAUUCAAGGGUCAACAUUUGGAACGCUAAAAAAGCUGAUCCGACUCAAGACAAAAAUAUAUAUUUAUUUUUAAACUGCAUUGUCAAAUUAGAAAUAACCACACAUGACAAAUUUUGCAGAAAUCUGUUUAUGUUUGAUGUGUCUGAAAGAAAAAAGCAUUUUUAAAUCACCAAGUAUUGCUUCCGGUCUUUAAAGUCUUUUGUUGGUUGGGCUCUAAAAGAGAUGAAAAGAGUCCGAUUUAAUUGUAGGCAGCAUACAAGUAAAGCGUGUUUCCAUUAACAGUGUCUGUGGGUUAGUUUGGAGUUUGUGAGUGAGUUCAUGAUAGCAGCAGAUGAAUGACAAAGCUUUGUGUGGGCAAUGCUUUGGGUUAUGUUGUUGUAAGCGGUUAACGAGAGGUGGCUAAAACUGCAUUUCCACACAACGCCACUACUGUGUGCUGUCAGUGAUUGCAAUAGAAAGCCACUUAGAGCGAGUAUGAGUGUGAGAGAGGCAGACGGUGAGUGGAAGGAAGAGUUAUUACAGCUAAUUGGUGCCAGAGGGAUUGUGGUUUCAUACACACCUCUGAUUAGAGAAAACCCCACCACUUUUAAGACCACUGGUACUCCUUGCACUAUGUGAGUUGUCUCUGCUCUGAUCCUCUCUAAUUCCUGCUCCUGGCCUGGUUGUGGUGUGAUGUCCCACAUGGUCUCCCUCUCUCUCUCUGUACUCCCUUUUUGCACAACACUUCACACAGAUGUUUUGUAAAGACAAUAUCUUUAUUUCAUGUCUAAAGGAAUACUAAGAAUAAACAAAAGAUUAUGACA